CGACGACGCACAGACAGACUAUCUGUAGUUUCUCCUUCAUUUCAGGAGAAUCACGUUGUUCAGUGUAGUUAUACAGAAAAAAUACGAUGAUGGGAGACAACGAAACUAGGAAUUUAAAGCCAAAAAAGUAUCCAAUAAGUGACGAUUAUAGAAUAACAGGGGCCGUUUUAGGACUCGGGAUAAACGGAAAAGUUGUUGAGUGUUUUUCCAAAAAAACGAAUCAGAAAUGUGCAUUAAAGGUGUUGAGGGAUGUGCCAAAGGCAAGAAGGGAGGUGGAUCUCCAUUGGAGAGCAUCUGGCUGUAAACACAUAGUUGCCAUUAUAGAUGUGUAUGAAAAUGCAUAUAGUGGUCAGAAGUGCCUCCUUGUGGUCAUGGAAUGCAUGGAAGGUGGUGAACUCUUUAACAAAAUACAAGAAAGAGCUGAUUCAGCAUUUACAGAAAGAGAGGCAGCUGCUAUCAUUCGAGAUAUUGCGAAAGCUAUCCACUACCUACAUUCCAUGGAAAUAGCACACAGAGAUCUAAAGCCUGAAAACUUACUAUACUCGGACAAAACUGUAAAUGGAACACUGAAAUUAACAGACUUUGGUUUUGCCAAGGCAAUCACAACAGAUUUUAAGAUGUUACAAACACCCUGUUACACACCCUAUUAUGUUGCCCCAGAGGUACUUGGUCCUGAAAAGUAUGACAAAUCCUGUGAUAUGUGGUCAUUAGGUGUUAUCAUGUAUAUUUUAUUGUGUGGGUACCCACCAUUCUACAGUAAUCACGGGGCAGCUAUUUCACCUGGCAUGAAGAAGAGAAUCCGAAAUGGACAGUACGAGUUCCCGAGCUCAGAAUGGAAAAAUGUAUCAAAAGAUGCGAAAGAAUUAAUUCAAGGAUUAUUAAAAACAGUUCCAGAGGAAAGGUUGACGAUAGAACAAGUCAUGAGGAACAAAUGGAUAUCAGAUCACAUCACAGUGCCCCAGACGCCUCUCUGUUCAGCAAUGAUCCUGAAGGAGGAUGUGGAAAUGUGGGCUGAAGUGCAGGAGGAAAUGACAAAUGCUUUGGCCACCAUGAGAGUGGACUACGAAAUGUGCCAGAUAAAGGACUUAGAUGAGACAGAUAAUCCAAUUUUAAAGAAACGCAAGAAGAGAAGUACAGCAGAACCCAUGUAUAACCAGUCUUAGUGAAGACAUGUCAGGCGCUCUGUUACCAUAGUCACCUGAACAUUCAUUCAACCAUUCUGAAACAGAUGGUCAUGACAUUGUGUAGAUAUUUCAUCAGCAAAAUAUCUGCAGAAUAUUCAAGGGACACUAAAUAAGUGACGUAUGUAUAAUACUGUAUUUUGUAAAAUUGCAAACAGAAUAUUGUAGUGAAAAUACUACAGUAAGUUUUAAAUAUUCAUUGAAACUCUUAUUAAUAUUAUUUUGAAAUGAAGUUGUAUGUUUUAAAUUUUUAUUUUAUAAAAACAAAGAGAGAGGGAGUGAUACAAUUGUAUUUGUUCAAUAUUUACAUUGAAACUAACAUUAACUAUGGAAUGUACAGAAAAUAUGUAUGUGGAGCAUAUGAUAUUUUCAUGAAGAUUUUUCUAGAUAUUUACUGUGUUAUAUUCUAUUUACAAAAACUUUUGUUAUUGAGACCAACUGGCACAUCAAUAUUAGAACUCACCAAAAGAACAAUGAACAAUAGGUGUCUACAUUGUUACCUUCUGGGUUGUUGUAGCAUAUUAAAACAGUAUCAACUACACGAGAACUCUGUUCAAGUCAUGUCUUAUUUCUGUAGUCAGACAUUUGAACACUAAGCUUGAAUGUCAAUGUGAUGUUGACUUCAAUAAAUCCCAAAAGGAUACAAAGAAAUGGUAUCCUGACUUUAGCUGUUCAAAGUGAUCCAUUAGGAUCCAGUGUAGCAGAAUAUACCAAAUGACUUCAACUGUCUGAAGCCCAACAUGUUGCUGGUAUUACUAAGGUAAAACAUGAAUAUGUUAUUAUAAAUAUGUUUAUGGAACGUCUUCCAUGACUAUCAUUAAUGUACAAACCUACUCUUAUAUUUGUUUUAGUUGUUUUGGAUUACACUUUAUGUAAAUCGUAAGAUGUUAUCGUUAGCAUUGUGCAUGGAUAUAUGACGUAUAUGUCCAUGAGAUCAUUGCAAGUGUACUAAUGAUGGAUGUUAUUUGGUAUAAUUUACCGGACAAUGUAAUACACAGCAAACUUAACUGUUAAGGGUACAAGUAACAUUAGUGGGUCAUGGUGGUUUACAAUGUAAUAGACAUAUAACCUAUUUUGUUGUUAUUGAAAGCGUUUUACUUGUUUACUUUGUAAACUGAAACAUUUGCUCUCAAGAAUCUUUGUGCCACAAUUUCAUGUUUUUUAUGUAUUUUUAUUGAUAAGAACUGACAGUAGAAGCCACCAAAUCAGGUGUAGAACCAAGAUUAUAUUAUAUUAUUGAUGAAUUUGAAUAAAACAAGUGUUUGAUACUUGGUGAUUCUUAGGUUUAAUAACUGUACUAAAGGUAUUGACAAAUUACAACAUGGUAAAACAAUGAGCAGGGAUUAUUUUUCUCGAGUUCUUUUGGUGUUCUCAUGUUCUCAAGGGAAAUAACUCCAAAUUAGAUAAAGUGUUUUGAUUUAAUACCUUAAGAAAAUACUCAAAUUGAAAAAAAAAAAAUCAAAUCUAAAGUCUUAACAGAAAUAACUGGUACAUUCUAACAUUACCAAGUGUGCUGCAUACUUAAGCGGUAUACAACCAAAAGAUAUCUAGAUAUAAAAGUAAAAAUUAAAUACUCAGAAUAAAAUCAAUAGCAUCUAUAUUAUAAUGAUCAACAUAGGGCUUGUGUCUGUACAUGGCCAUUUCCUCAGUGGCUACUAGUAUACUAUAUAUAACAAUAAUUUAGCAUUGGAAUAUAUAAUUAAAAAAGAGGAUUGCGUGGCUAUCUGAUUGUUUUUUAUGUGUAGCACAUUUACAAUGUAAACAUAAAGGUGUUGUAGGUAUGUUUUAUGUAUCACUACAUCCAUGUGCUACGCAGUUUAGAAACUCAAUAAAAAUUUUACAAAGCAUCCUAUUGUCUUAUCACUUUGUUAAAACUCAAAUGAUACUGUUUAGGUAACACCUUUUCCAGGCAUUUUAUUUUCAUGACCUGAAAGAAAUAAUUUCUGCACAAAAUCUUAUGCCUUUAUGAGAGAGAGUUUGUGAAGGAAAAUUGAAUAGUACUGCUUGAAAGCAAUGAUAUACAAGAGAUCCCUUCAGAAAAUAAACAACAAAUUGUUGACUCUUCAGCAUGGAAAUGCAAAUCUUUCGCCGGACUUUAUUCACAUGUGGUAGAGAGAAAGUGAUAUUGCUUCAUGUUUUUCUCCAUUUAGAGAUUUCAUUGUAUUGUCAUCCUUUUUCUAUUGAACAGUUUGAACUAAGUAUGAAAUAUUUUAUUAAUUAUGUCAAAUUUGUUUUAUAUUUAAUAAAUACUUUUAUAGUUUAUUAAAAAAGAUUUGCAUUUUAAAUAGAGCUUUUACUGCGGUAACAUUUUCCACCAACACUUGUCACAUUUUGUUGAUAACAUGCUGAAGGUUAAUUUGUCAUACUAUACAUCCACAAACAAUUGAGUAUUUGUAUAUUUUUGCUGAGUUUCAAUACAGCAGUGGUGUACAUAACUGUUCAUCAUCCUUUGUACAACUGUAUUCAUACUUAUGGUUGCUGUUGACCAAUGUUAUUUUAUCACCGUUUGUCUGGCAAGUUUUUGCUUAAGAAUGUGUUUGAAGAUGUACUCCUUUGUUUUCAAUAUUCAUUAUUAUAUAUAUCACAUAAAAUAUUAUCAUUACAUGAUCACUUCUUAGUUUAGUGAUAGUGCGAUAGCUACCGAGGUGAUAAAUACAAGUGCACUUAGAGGCUGUUCUUAGCUUUAGAUAUACAUCAUAUACAACAUUUGAUAGUGUUUGUCAUCGAGUUAUCAUAUUUGUGAUAACUCGGUUAUUAAACUAUAACUUUUAUUAUAUAACACACGGUUUUGUUAUAUCUGCUGUAAUUGGUUACACGAAAAGUUGUCAGAUGCGUGAAGUUAAAAUAAAUGUGUAAAACAGUCCAGUGAUUGAGGUAUAGGUUUAAUUCACAGCUACUAGAUUAUACAGUAAUGUUGACAGUACAUUAAGAGAGAGCUGAUAUGAGAUAUGGAUUAGACACAGACAGAAUUUCAGGGUGGCAUGUGGAAAUAAAUCCUUCUUUGAAGUUUCUAGGGUUGUAUUCAAAAGGGAUCUGUGAAGUGAAGAGUUGUUCAGAAAUCACAAUCUUAAUAUUUGUAUGGAAUGAAGUUAUUCUUAAAAGACUUUUGUACACCUAGCCAUAUUGCACAGCCAAUCAAAAAUCAAUGAGCUUGGAUCAAUAUUUUGUAUAGAAGGAUAUGUGUUUUUAUUGGUCAAAACUUUUGUAUUCUUAGACACCAGUAAUAAUUUGUCAUCGAAUAGCAGAAAAUAUGUUUAGAUUUUUCAUACAAGUGUAUUUGUGAAUUACAUGAGAGUGGUACUAAUAACCAAUGGUUUUAUUUUCUGAACAUAUGACACCGGUGAAUAUAUGACUACAUAUAAUCAACUACUUUACCAGGUUGUACACACUUGUUAGAGACGGGAUCAACUAUUAGCACAUAGUAAACAAAGUCAGGAAAUAAUCUUUUCAACAAUGUAAAGAUACAAUGAGAUUUCAAAGUCAGAGUGAAGCCAGAUCGCAUUUAAAUGUAUUUGUCAUUAAUAAAUGUCACUAAUUACUAAUCUGUAAACAGAUUAUACAUCUUCAGAUCUAGGACUAUAAUUGAAAAUUCUUUUAAAAUGAGUCUACAAUUGGUCCUACCAAUCAUUAGUAACCAUAGAUACGUUAUAUACCACUUAUGGUCAUAUUGUAUGGGCUAGUUAGGUUGAGGUAUUGUUUACAAAGUGUGCAACAAAUCUGGAGUUAAACAAUAAAUCAGGAUACACAAAUGUA